AUGCUUGUUUACGACCAGCAUAAAUAUCCCCACCACUCUCGAAACACCUUCUGUCUUUCAUAUUUGACCAUUGCGAGUUCCGCACCUUGCUGGCUCGACAUGUCUCCAUAUCCGAAAAUCGAUUGUCAUUCCCACUAUCUCCCACCGGGAUACCGUGAGGCACUGGCAGAACAUGGCCACAAGCAGCCCGAUGGAAUCCCGGCAAUCCCACCAUGGAGCGAAGAGGGCCAUCUCGAAAUGAUGCAGACUAUCAAUGUGACCAAAUCCAUGCUUAGCGUCAGCUCGCCCGGCACCUACCUCAAGCCAGGCGAGAACGCACUCAGUCGCGAAUUGACGCGGUAUGUCAAUGACUAUGGCGGGAGCCUGAAGAAAAGGAAGCCUGAUAAAUUCGGCUUGUUUGCUUCCCUGCCUCUGGCCGACAUCGAGGGCAGCUUGGAAGAAAUUCCCUAUGCGUUGGAUCACCUCAACGCCGAUGGAUUCGUGGUCAUGACCAACUUCCAGGGUUCGUACCUUGGACAUAAAGACUUUGACCCCAUCUUCGACGAGCUCAAUCGCCGGAAAGCCAUUGUUUUCAUGCACCCAACCACUCCCUGCUUGCCUCACAGUGGACCAGCAGCGACACCUCUCCCGGAAUAUCCCAGACCCAUGUUCGAAUUUCUGUUCGACACUGCUCGUGCUGUCAUCAAUCUCUUCAUGUCGGGCACAGUCAGUCGCUGUCCGAACGUCACGUUCCUCGUGCCUCACGUGGGUGGUGCGUUUCCACCAUUGAUCAACCGAUUUGCAAAUGUGGGCUUAGCCUUGAGUCUCCCGGGGAUGGAUCCCAAGGUGACGCCGACAUGGAUCAAAGAGCGAUUGAACCAGCAGUUUUACUUUGAUACCGCGGGCUGGGCGUUCCCUGAACAAAUCAAAGGCUUAUUGGAGUACGUCACUGUCGACAGGAUGUUGUAUGGGAGUGAUUUUCCCUUUACGCCCCUGACAGUAGUCACUCCGCUGUCGCAGGAGCAUGAUCAGUAUCUACCGGAGGUGUUCCCUGACCCGGAGGAUCGUGAGAAGCUCUGCAGCAAGAAUGCACUGAAACUAUUCAGUCGAGAGACUUGA